AUGCCUUCAAAGCUUUCUCAGUCAAAAGGAGAUUGGGUUUGUAGCGAUUCGAGAUGUGGAAAUAUAAAUUUUGCUCGCCGUGAUAAAUGCUAUAAAUGUGGCCGUCCUAAGCCUCGUCAAGAUCAAAGUAGUUCUGUUAAACAAGUCGGUAAGGAGUUUGCGGAAAAGAGUCGCGGCCUAUUUAAUCCCGAUGACUGGGAAUGCAAAGGCUGCGGAAACGUGAAUUGGGCUCGACGGACAAACUGCAACGUCUGCAAUGCUCCUAAAAUAAACACUCAUGGCCAAAGAACUGGUUAUGGUGGUGGCUACAUGGAGCGUGAUGAAGUUGUUGACUACAAACGACAUGAGGAUUCCGACGACGAAUUCGAUGAGUUUGGAUUGAGAAAAAAGAAAUACAGAAGGAAUAACGCCGAUAGAGGUGCUGGAGAUCAACGGGCAGAAGGACAACAUUCAGAUGAGGAUGAACAGACUUUAGAGAUUAGGAAUGAAGAAGAGGAAUCGGGAGAUGAUGAAGACUUGUCGAAAUAUGAUAUAGUCGGUGAUGACGAUGAGGCUGUUGAGAAAUCAGCCAAAGUUACGAUCACUAAAAAUGGGGGCUUAAAGUCUGAUUCAGAAUCUUCACUCGGAAGCAACAGCAGUGGUGACAGUAGCGACAGUGAGAGUUCUAGUUCUUCCAGCAGUUCGUCAUCAUCAUCUUCGGAGAGUGAGUCCUCUGACAAUGAAGACGAAGAGAAAAAUAGCAUGAGCAAGGAUAGUUCAUAA